CGCGCCCCCGGCAGAAGGCGAAUGCAGUAGGCAACGAAAAAACAAGCAGGCAGCGCUGGAGAGACAAGAACGGCACAGUUUGCCUUCACAUCACAAGAUCAUAUUUUGGAGCGGAAAUUUCACGCCCUGUCGGGUCGUGUUAGCGCUGGAGACGGCUGAGGAUAUUCACGGGCAGAAACAAUAGGAUGCAGUGUAGACUUGGCUGGUGACUGGUCUGCAGGCUCUCCACUUCUCUUGUCCCUGGAGUCAGCCAGUUGGGGGGCAGAUUCCUGCGAUCCCCUUCUCUCAGUCCUGAGUCUUUUUUGUCUGGACAAAACCAACCGCCCGCCACUGGAGUACACAGCUCGUCCUCGCCCGUGUUGCUUGGAUCAGCACAGCUCAUCUCCUGACUGAGGAGAGCGCAGCAGCUGCACAAGAUUCGCCUUCUACCUUCAACUGAUCCCUCCCGACCCCGCCCACACUGCCCCGUCAUCAUGGUGCUGUCACAACGGCAACGAGAUGAACUAAAUCGAGCGAUAGCCGAUUAUCUACGUUCCAAUGGAUAUGAAGAAGCAUACUCUACUUUCAAGAAGGAGGCGGAAUUAGAUAAUAAUGAAGAAUUGGAUAAGAAGUACGCCGGCCUUUUGGAAAAAAAAUGGACCUCAGUCAUCAGAUUACAAAAGAAGGUGAUGGAACUUGAAUCCAAACUGAAUGAAGCUAAGGAGGAGAUCACCCUGGGUGGGCCCGUAAGUCAGAAGCGCGACCCCAAAGAGUGGAUCCCACGUCCACCAGAGAGGUACGCGCUAAGUGGCCACCGCAGUCCAGUCACCCGCGUCAUCUUCCACCCAGUCUUUAGUGUCAUGGUGUCUGCUUCUGAGGACGCAACAAUAAAGGUGUGGGACUACGAGACGGGAGACUUUGAGCGCACACUGAAGGGUCACACAGAUUCGGUGCAGGACAUCUCUUUUGACCUGACCGGCAAACUGCUAGCAUCCUGCUCUGCAGACAUGACUAUCAAGCUGUGGGAUUUCCAAGGCUUUGAGUGCAUCAGGACCAUGCAUGGACAUGACCACAAUGUGUCGUCUGUAAACAUCAUGCCCAAUGGAGAUCACAUCGUUUCUGCCUCAAGGGACAAAACCAUAAAAAUGUGGGAGGUGGCCACUGGCUACUGUGUGAAGACCUUCACAGGCCACAGGGAGUGGGUCCGUAUGGUGCGGCCCAACCAGGACGGCACACUGAUUGCCAGCUGCUCCAACGAUCAGACGGUGCGUGUGUGGGUCGUGGCGUCCAAAGAGUGCAAGGCUGAGCUGCGGGAGCAUGAACAUGUGGUGGAAUGCAUCUCCUGGGCACCAGAGAGUGCCUACCCCACCAUCCAGGAUGCCACAGGCUCUGAGUCCAAGAAGAGUGGUAAGCCAGGCCCCUUCCUGCUGUCUGGCUCCAGAGACAAAACCAUCAAGAUGUGGGAUGUUAGCAUUGGCAUGUGCCUUAUGACACUGGUUGGCCAUGACAACUGGGUGCGUGGUAUCCUCUUCCACCCUGGAGGCAAAUUUAUUGUGACCUGUGCAGAUGAUAAGACCUUAAGGAUCUGGGACUACAAGAACAAGCGCUGCAUGAAAACCCUCGGUGCCCACGAACACUUUGUAACCUCCCUUGAUUUCCACAAGGCUGCUCCUUAUGUGGUCACUGGGAGUGUAGAUCAAACAGUAAAAGUGUGGGAGUGCCGCUGAUUUGGACCUUGGAGGAUUGGACCACCACCCCAAUUACCCAGGCGCUCCUCUGGACCCCCAUCCCCCUCCCUCAUCCCACCUCCCCUCCCCUCCCCUCACCUAACCUAAACCUCACCCGAUCAUCAUCAUGUCCUCCUCCGGCUGCACUUACCACCAUGGUUAUUUACCCCUUGCGCUCUCUGGUCCAAUAACUAUUGUCCUUCUAUGUAAAUUAUUCCUGGAUGUAGAUCGAGCUAUUAAAUGUUACACAAAAAAAGUAUUCUUGCAUGGUAAUCCAAAAUUGUAUACUGUAAAUUUACAUAACGUCUAGAAGUACCAUAGGUUUACCACGGGGCUGGCCGUCUGUCACGCAGCCUUACCGACCAACCGAAGACAGAUGUUUUUGACUGGGUGUAAAAUGUAGGGCACUAAAAACCGAUAAUUUAAGAAAUGACAGUGUCUUUAUGUGUAAGAUUUAUUUUUGUCUAUUUUUUUAUUUAGGAUUUUUUUUUUUUUCCUGUUCUGUUAUUUCUCUCCUUCACUGUCGUAGUCUGUUGGUGCCUAGCUUGGUGAAACUUUCGAGAGAUAAGGCAGGAAAAGCAUAUAAGAUGCGAUUGUCUGUGGGGCUUUGUUAUUGAAAUAAUCUGUAGCUUUAUAACAUCACUUCUCAAGUGUGCAUACCAUUUCUCUUCAUGUGGAACUAGGUAAUAUUUUAAUGGCUGUAUAUACGAAUGUUUCAAAUUGUUGUCCUUGGACCUCGGGGGCUUACAAACAGCUUUGUACUCUUGUCGUGGUGGCACAUGAACCGCUGCUAGGCUUUAGAUAAAUUAUCCCAUUUAAUUCAUCAGCAGAGAAGAAUAAAACGUUUAAAUGUGGCCAAAUGAAUAACUGUAAAGUUUUUCACAAGAAGCCCAAACGUAGAGCGCACGUUUGUUUUGGCUUUUGCUGUCAGUGAGCGCCUUGGGUAUCACCUGAGCAGAGUUCAGGGAUUACACCCGUUUAAUCUCUAACACUUGACCUUAGACGAUUUCCUGUGACCCUGCAUGUCAGACUUUUGUUAAACUGAAGCCUUUGUCCACUUGUAAUCCCCCUGACCAGUCAGUCCAUGGCAGGGUUUCGUGUACCAUAGGAAUUAUGUAAAGUGAGAAGAUGCUCAGUUGUCCCAUGGCACCUCUGAAGUCUGUAAACACAACCCGCUGAAGAGAAAACAUAAAGGCGUGAUGAGGAGUCAAAGUGAGCCCCCUGGGUUUGAUAUCUGGGAUGUGCAAAGAUCUCAAAUUUUUGAGGGGUGAAAUAUGUUCUGCUUAGUAAAAAUGGUUUUGAGUAAAAAAAAAAUAAAUAAAAAAAAUCAGUUUUCUGUGAAAAUAUGAAAUGUAAAUUUAGCUUGUUAAGAGAUUUGGCAAUUUUGUAUUAUCGCACUAAAGGAUGAACUGGAUGGGAAUUUAGGAUUAGUGAGGAAAUGCUAGCAGCAGACAAGUGAUCUGUUGAUGCUGUUUUGUCUGUAGACAGGUCCGUUGCUGAGCUUGAAAAGAGCUCCCUGCUUUAAAAAGAGGCAGUGGCACCUCCUUAAUCACACAUGAAGGACAAUGCUGAAGCCUGAGCAGCGACGACCUCUACAAACAAACCCCACAGACCACGUCCCACGUAUGCAAACGUCUUCUGAGUGGCUUUCCUCAAAUGUUCAGCCUUUUGAGCUUUGAGCGGAGCCUGUAACUGUAAAGCAGGAACAUUUUUGGAAAAAAAUGGAAAAUACCUGUAAACCAGUCCAUGCUGUAGAAACAAACCAUUCCACUCCCCUUGGAGGACAAAUGAAACAUCUUGCUUCUAACGGUAGCUGACAAGGUGGUUCAUUAAUCUUGCACAUCCCUGUUUUCACUAAUUCUUUGGUCCUUUAAUGAUGAUCAAAGACAACAUUACAGUUUAAUGAUGUUGAUAAAUGCAUAAACCUAUAAUUUCUGAUUAGCCUUUUCAUUCCAAUGCAGUUCUUGGCUAAUAAAGAAUUCCACUGCUUAACAGA